UUUGCCUUUAAAAAACAUUUCACCUCUCUGCAUGACUUGCACUGCAGUUAAAUACCUUAUGUGAGUAAACAAAGCUUCACAUCAGUGGCUCAAGAACGCUUCGAAGAGUGCGAAUUUUAUAGAUGACGUCAUCAUCACUGAAGAAUCAAGUAAUUGGGUGGGAAAUUCCCAAACGCGCAGCAAUAUUAUUGAGGUUGCAAUCAUGAAAUUUUCUCAACAGCGUAUUGCUAUUAAGAACGCUAAGGUCAACGACGAAAUUUCACCAGCAUCUCUUAGCUGUAACAGUCAUUCAACUUUCUCGAUUCUUAAAGGGAAGACUGCAACAGGUUUUAUUGGCUGUAAGUACAAGACAAGUUACUUCUGUGGUCCCUUGGCUACUGUUUCACCAAGAAAGGAUUCGAAAGAUUUUGAAGUGUGGCGAAGUAAACAAAACUCUACCAGGGUCAUGAACACAUCGAAGGUUGCGAAGACGGAAACUUUUCGCGGUGACGUUCAGAGAAUAAUUCUCGUACUCAUCGCUUAUCAAGGGCAUUCUUUUCGGUCCAAGUCAACAAAUUUAUGUUAUAAGCAGCUCUAUCAGCGCAAGGGAACGCAUUCUGCGCAAAUACUUCAACAUACCAAUAAUAAACGGAAAUAAUUGCACCCAUUAGAAAAAAGGCCAGUCGCCGCUUUGGUGGCAAAGACUUAGUUCGGACCUUACCAGAAUUUUUGGUCAGCGAUAUUUGUUGUCCGCGCAUGUAAUGAGGCAUAAUGAGCUAGACAAACGACGCCGAACUGGAAAACGAAGUAAGAGUCAGAGCUUAUUGCACAUCUCAGUUCAUAACUCCUUAGUCUACAGGCGAGCGGAUCAAGAAAGAUGGCAGCCCAGCAAUUUCAGAUGGUCUAUGGAUCCCUCUUUCCGCUGGGUGGAAUCGCAACUGGAUUAGACUGUGAGGGCGUUCAUGAAAUGUGGUUGACUGAGCGAGGAAAAAUAGUGACCCAAUGUUCACAGCAAAACGACUUGCGUAUCGUUAACACAAACUGCGGGUUUACAUUGCGACCACGAGUAUAUAGGAUGUCCGCUGCUGAUCAGGGCUUUCAUGAAAUGUCGUUGACUGAGCGAGGAGAAAUAAUGACCCAAUGUUCACAGCAAAACGACUUACGUAUCCCUACCACAAACUGCGGGUUUACAUUGCGACCACGUGUGUAUCGGAUGUUCCCUGCUGAUCAGGAAACAGAAAGAGUGAACAUUGGUAUGCAAACAUCAAGAAACAGCCCUACCUAGGGAAAUGAUAAUCGCUAAGGAUGCCUCUUGUUCGACACAUUUACCUCCAGUUCGAGAGAAUCCGUAGAUCCGUGGGUUUUCAGGCCUAGACGUUAAGAAACUUUGUUUACAUGGCUCUGGUUCACUGACUCAUAAUCCUUUUUGUUAAAUUAUUCAUUCUCUCAUUCAUGUUUACUGUAUAAAUCAUUUCACUGAAUAAAAACAAAGAAAACCUUGUA